GGGAAAUAUUUUAGGCCGCGUAUCCUUGAAAGGCUAAGGGGAUAUUCAGGGACCCAUUUAUCAAAUUAAAAGGCUGGCGGUGGUUGACGUCUUUUACUGAUGAAUCAUUGAAGGUUAAUUCAGUGGACAAGUAUUUUAAGAAUGUUUAUACAGAAGGCACUUUUGGUCAUAUGCUGCCAUAUGGCAGCAGUAAGUGCCAAUGAACCACCUAGCUUUGAGGCCAACAUGGAUUACCAUGUGAUUUCGGAAAACACUCCUGUUGGAAAGGAAGUCUACACCCUAAAAGGAGUGGACCCAGAGGGCUCACCCCUUCUGUAUGGUCUGGAGGGCACCGACGUACUCCAGGUCAACCCGCGCUCCGGCGUGGUGUCGGUGCAGAAACGAAUCGACCACGAGACGACCACCCAGCUGAAGCUCCAGGUGACCCUGGAGGACCGUGUGGAGGGCGGUGACAACAACAAGGUCUCCGUGCCCAUCACCGUCAUCGUUGUCGACGAAAACGACAACGAGCCCGUGUUUAAAAAGGCACUGUACGAAGCCGAACUACGCGAAGAUGCUCCGGUCGGGAGCACGGUCAUCAAAAAGAUCGAGGUCACUGACCCCGACCUGGUCGGAGAGAACCUGAACGUCACCUGUGACCCGAAAAGCUCGUCGGAGGGCGCCUGUGAGCUGCUGACAGUGAUGGCCCUGGAGAGUACCUCUCAGCUGUACGUGGGCUCGCUGGUGCUACAACGGCCGCUGGUACUCUCACCGACCGGAGAUCCCAGGAUCAGCGUGGCGCUGGUCGCGUCGGACGGCCGUUUCACCGCCGCCGGCCGUGCUCUGAUCGGCGUUCAGGACGUGCAGAACUCCCCACCGUCGUUCUCAGGCAGUCGUACGGCCGUUGUGGACGAGGGAGCCGCUAUCGGUACGGUCGUACUGACCGUGACGGCGGCCGACGGUGACAGCGGCGCGGCCCGACCUGUCGUCUUCGAGAUGGUGGAAAACCCUGGCGAGUUUUUCUCGCUGGACGAGGAGACGGGCGUGCUGAGCACGGCCAAAAAACUGGACCGAGAGUCGGAUCUGGUGCGCGGCGGCGCCAUUCAUCUCACAGUCAAGGCUGUUGAGGUGGAGUCGGGUCGCCGACUGCGGGGACCCCUGACGGAGGCCACCGCUGACAUUACGGUCACCGUACGAGACGCCAAUGAUGAACCGCCUCGCUUCAGUCAACAGGAGUAUUCGACAACGAUCAGUGAGAACCUGCGGGACGGCACUCCGCUGCCGGGACUGAACAUCCUGGUCACUGACGCCGACGUGGGUGUGAGCAGCGCGUUCACAGUACGUCUUCUGGACGAGACGGGUCCGUUCAGUGUGGAGCCCUCCUCGGGCACUGGCAGCAGUGCCCUCAGCGUACGACUGGCGCGUGGACCGCUCGACUAUGAGAACCCCAACCAGAGGAAGUUCAUACUGCUGCUGGUUGCUGAGGAGAGUCGCACCCCGGACCGUCUGGCCACCACGGCCACAGUCACCGUGGCCGUCAGUGAUCUCAACGAUAACCCGCCCAGGUUCAGCCAGGACGCCUACGUCGCGCAGGUGUCUGAGAUGUCUCCCCCGGGCACUAUAAUCACCACCGUGUCGGCCGGUGACCGCGACUCGGGUCUGUUUGGACUGGAGGGGAUCGUCUAUCAGCUGAGCGGCGCCGGCUCAGAGAGGUUCACCAUCGACCCCCGCACGGGUACGGUGGUGGUGGCGCCCUGUGAUACGCCCGGAGCACCGCCCUGUAUCGACUACGAGACGCAGAGAGACUAUUUCCUCACAGUCGAGGCGACCGACGAGGCCGGCCAGGGUCUCAGCUCGUCCGUGCCGCUGAAGAUCGUCACUCUGGACACAAACGACAACACUCCGCGGUUUGGACGACAGAUGUACGGAGCCGUGAUCAGAGAGGGCGCCCGCCGGUUUGACCCCCCGCUGGUGGUCGAGGCGGCGGACCGUGACGUGACCUCCCAGCUGACCUACUCUCUACUGGAGGGUGGUGUGUUCCGUAUUGACCCCAGUACGGGGGAGGUCACCGUUAACAAGACGGAGGGCAUUGACCUGGAUGACGUGCAGGGCAGGGAGAUGGUCGCCCUUGUGGCUGAGGUGACUGACGGAGUUCACUCAGUCUCUGUACCAGUCGAGGUGACAAUCAUUGACACCAACAACAACAAACCAGAAUUCUCCAAGACAGUGUACCAGGCCGUCCUGCCAGAGAGUGUACCCAUUGGCACGGUCGUUCAGCGCGUGGCCGCCCGCGACAGAGACACAGCUGCCAACGCCGCCAUACGCUACCGACUGCAGAGGGGUGCCUACGAAGACUUCUCUGUGGAACAGAGCACGGGCGUGGUAACACUGGCCAGGCGGCUGGAUCACGAGAGGAGAGCCCAGUACAGUAUUGAAGUGCUGGCCGUGGAUUCAGGCUCUCCGGCCCAGACGGGCACGGCUACCCUGUCUGUGAUGGUGAUCGACUCCAACGACAAGAGUCCCCACUUUACGCCGGGAACGCAGCGAGCCGAGGUGUCAGAGGACGCGGCCGUCGGAUCGCGGUUCUACCAGCUGUCGGCUGUCGAUCCCGACGUAGCCUCUCCGCAGGAUCUGGUCUUCAGUCUGGAUAAGGUUGAAUCGGCAGUCAGUGAGAGCGGCAAACAAGUGGAUCGGCCCAACGGAGCCUACAAGAGUUUCUUCAACGUGUCUUCGGACGGCUGGGUGUCUGUGGCGGAGCCUCUGAUGCGCGAUCAGGCUGCCGUGGUCACACUGGCCGUGGCCGUAACGGAUACGAGCGCCUUCCCGCCCCAGCAGAGUUCAGGUCGUCUUCUGGUGACUAUUGUCGACGUCAACGAAUUCGCCCCCGAAUUCUCCCCUCCAUGGACUCCUGAGCGGCCCGUGCUCAGUUUUGAACUACGAGAGGAGCUAGCGCCCGGAACUGUAUUCGGACGGGUUCGAGCGACAGAUAGGGAUACUCUCGUACGGAGAUAUCACGCAGAGGAGGGAGGACUGGUGCGCCUGGAUCCGGCCACAGGCGAGCUAUCCGUUCGCUCCCGGGUCGACUACGAGAACAUCACGCAGUUCGAGCUGGACGUCAUGGCCUUCGACACGGGCGUGCCGCAGCGGAACAGCACUGCACACCUGGUCAUCAAUGUGGUCAAUGUCAACGAUAUGAGCCCGGAGUUUGAGCAGGACGUGUACUAUGCCUCAGUGGAGGAACACAGCGACCCGGGCGUGGAACUGGUUCAGGUCAGAGCCACGGACGCUGAUUCCGGAAUGUAUGGGGAAGUCAGCUACACGAUACCUGGUGAUCUCUCGGACGACUUUUCCGUCGACGAUCUGGGUGUGGUCCGUCUGCUAACUGCAGACCUGGACCGCGAGAAGCGGCCUCAGGUGUUACUAACUGUGACGGCGUUCGACAUGGGGCCCGACCAGGGUCGACGGAGCGCCUCUGCCUUGGUGAACAUCACAGUGCUGGAUAUUAAUGAUCAGAAGCCGCAGUUUAACCGUCCGGUGUACUCUGCCAGUAUUGUGGAGGACAUACCGCUGUCACCGCCCAGUCCCAUACUGCAGGUGGUGGCAACGGAUACCGACUCUGGCGAAAACUCGGCGGUUCGUUACUCGCUUCUGGCGGGUCCUCACUCGGCCAGUUUUAGGCUACACCCCGAGACGGGGUUCCUGUACCCUGCCAAACGGGUAGAGGCCGGACUGGGCGAGAUGUCUCUGACGGCGCUGGCCACGGACGGUACGUUCAACGACACGGCCACGGUGAGGGUGACUGUACUGGCUGCCAACCAGGACAAACCGAGCUUCGUGAGACCGUCGGCCGAUAACGCCGUCUUCGAGGUCACUGAGAACUCUCAGCCGGCUGGCAGUCUGGUACUGACGGCUAAGGCGGAGGACUCCGAUCAGGGCGACAACGGCAGGAUCUCCUACUACUUCAGAGUGAAUGAGACAGAUGGCAGUGAAACGGAGGAGUUUACCAUCGACUCUGAAACCGGAGAAGUGCGCAGCAAGGUCCGCUUCGACCGAGAGAGUCGCGACAGCUACACGCUGGUGCUGGUGGCGCGCGACCACGGCUCUCCAAUUCCGCACGAGACGGUGCGCUACGUGCAGGUGCACGUGCGAGAUGAGGACGACCACGUGCCGCAGUUUCGAGAGCACGUGCAUCGGUUUAGUGUCAUGGAGAACCUGCCGGGCGGCACGGUAGUCGGCACGGUUCACGCCGAGGAUCCCGAUACUCCUGAGACGGGCCGCAUUUUCUACUUCCCCGCCGGAGGAGACCGAGAGACGUUCACAGUCAACUCCCAGAGUGGACAGAUCUCGGCCAACGGGCCGCUCGAUCGAGAGGAGCGCGGCCAGUAUGAGAUUAUCGUCAAAGCCACAAGCAACGCGACAUUCUACGCCGCCAAUGUAACCGCCGAUGACCUUGACCCGACCAUGACCCUGGUCAAGGUCACAGUGCAGGACAAGAACGACUCGCCUCCCUCGUUCGCUAUGAAGGACUACUUUGCAGGCGUCUCGGAGCUGGCCAAAUUCCGUGAUCCGGUGGCCACUGUCGAGGCUGACGAUCCCGAUCAGGGACAGAACGCCGAGCUGGCGUACUCGAUACGCUCCACACAGCUCUACAAACCAGGAGCCACGGAAUCGAGCGGCGCGAUCGUCCCCUCCCCUUUCCGUGUGGACGCCGGUGGUCGUCUCAGCUGCGCAGCGCUCAUGGGAGAAUACAAACACCACCGGUUCGUGAUCCAGCUCAGUGCCAGAGAGGUGCUGCCGCCGCAUAGACAAGCCGACGCCACCGUGCAUAUUUGGGUGUACGACCAGUCACAACUGGUUCACGUCACUCUCGGCGUGGCACCUGAUGUGAUUGUGCGUCAGCCCACUGAUAUCGUCGAGGCUUUUGGCAACGUCACAGGUGGCCGCGUCAUCAUCGAUGACGUCAGAUACCACGUCACUGAGGAGAAUAUCGUCAAACGCACAUGGUCAGACAUGUACCUCCACGUGGCGGACGGCCGGCAGCAGAUUGUACCCACUGGCGAGGUGCUGCGAGCGUUCGACCUCCACUACGACUACAUUCAGAGGGAGCAUGGCGCGCUCAACGUACAGAAAGUGCAGGCGGCUGACGCGGCGCCCACCUCUCACGAGACGAAUCAGACGCUGGUGACGCUGGUGGCACUACUGCUGGUGCUGGUGAUCGGCCUGGUGACAUUCUGCGCCGUCUGCUGCUGUCUAAAAACCGUGCCGGUCGCCGUGCCCUCCUACAAGGAGCAGGUGAAGCAGCCGCCGCAGCCGCCCACUCCGCGGGCCUCUGUGGAUCAGCCCGAAACACCGCCUGGCACCGAGAACCCUCUCUGGAUCGGAAACAAACUCAAAAUGUACGAGGAGCAGGAGCUGAGCAUGCAAGUGUCCGGUGAUCCUGAGGCGGCCGGAGGAGUGGAGGACACCCUCUCCUCAGGAGGAGGGUCAGAAUACCUACGCCACCAUCCAGCGGCCCGGCGAGCCGGCCGAACAUAGUCCCAACGGAGAUACAG